AUGCGCCCCUUCCACACGGCAUCUCAACCUCACCACAUCUUCACUCAUCGACCAAGCCCCCACGUGAACCGCCUCACUGCGGCCCAGACCCCCAAAGUUGGUCGAAUCGGGCGUUGGUACCUACCAUCCAUGGCUCUAAUCUGUCUCGGCUUCGGAAUCACGAACUACAUCCGCAGCCAUCCCGCCACCAGCAGCGCUGGUAGAGACAACCAACUCACCCCACAGCAGCUGCAACUCCUCGAAUCAUAUGGAAACCGCAACACAUUGGACGAUGUCGAGCGAGCGAUGGAGAUCUACGAGGUGCAGUAG